AUGAUGCAUGUGCAAGUGGUGCAGCUUGUUUUAUUUUUCCGUGACUACGAGCUUUUACUGGAAGCUUUAAGGCCUGCUGCUGUGAUUGCUGCUUUCAGAUCUGUGUUGUCAACAGACAAAGGGAGCGGCACUUUCACAUGUCGGCAUUCCUCGCCGCUCUUGUUCAACAUGCUGUCCCGACCUGCCGUGCAGAAUGGAAAUGUCCAGUGUCUGAUGAAGAGAUGUCCACCAUUGGCAUGCGCUAACCCUCAUACCUCAGCUGGAGAAUGCUGCCCACAGUGUCCUGCGGCGCCUUCAGACUGUGAGUACGAGCGACACACUUACAGACACGGUCAGCGUUUCUACCGGCCGGCUGACCCCUGCCAGUUGUGUUCCUGCAACAAUGCCAGCGUCCAAUGUCAGAGGAAGCCUUGUCCCUUUGCUUCCUGCUCCCAUCCAAUCACGCGGGACUGCUGCCGAACAUGCGAAGGCUGCACGUAUGAAAGUCGGGAGCGUGCCAACGGGGAGACGUGGGACGACGUUUCGGACCCCUGUGCUGCGUGUGUGUGUCGCGAGGGGUCCGUAAGCUGCGAGACCAAGCGCUGCCCCCCUGCAGACUGUAAGCACCCGGUGCAGAGAGCCUGCUGCAUGUCCUGUGAUGGCUGCAUGUUUCAUGGGCGAGAACACGCCGACGGCACAGAGUUUGCCGACGAUGAAGACCCCUGUGCCGUGUGUUACUGCUACGGGGGGGAGGUGGUCUGCAGCAGACUGCCCUGCUAUGGAGACUGCCGUCAUCCUUACAAAGCACCUGGACGCUGCUGUGGGGAAUGUGAACGAUGCUUUUAUAACGGCGACGUCCUCUCUAAUGGACAGUCCAUUCCAGACCCGAACAACUCUUGCUCUGAAUGCACCUGCCAGACUGGCACUGUUCGCUGCGUGAAAAGAUCCUGUCCUCCAGCGCUCUGUCCUCACCCUGUCCCCGACACUUGUGGAUGUCCAGUCUGUGACGGUUGUCACUUCCAAGGUGAGAAGUACAUUGAUGGACAGAUCCUCACAGGAGGAGAAGAUGGCUGCCAGGAGUGCACGUGUUCAAGGGGCGAGGUGGUGUGCGCCCGGCGAAGAUGUCCCGCCGUGUCCUGCACUCAUCCGGCGCUGGAUGGCUGUGCGUGCGGCGUGUGCGACGGCUGCAGAUUUGAAGGACGGGACUGUUUUAACGGAGAGCGAUUCGCUGACCCCGGGAACGCUUGUCGACUCUGCUCGUGUCUGAAUGGCGGCGUGGUGUGUGCGCAUGUGUCGUGUCCAAGCGUCACCUGUUUGCAUCCGGAGACCCCGCCAGGUGAGUGCUGCCCCGUCUGCUCCGGGAUUUGUCGCCAUCAGGGGAAGGAAUACCGGUCAGGAUCAUCCUUCCCUUCACCCUCCGACCCCUGCUCCUCCUGCUCCUGCCUGAAUGAAGUGGUGAGCUGUCAGAGGAGACCAUGUCCAGUCCGGUGUUCCCACCCCGUCCCGUCAGACGCCUGCUGCCCCGCCUGUGACGCCUGUCUGUAUGAGGGUGUGGUCCGCUUCCUCGGCCACACUUUCUCCCCCUCCUCCAAACCUUGCCAGCGCUGCACAUGUGUGAGAGGCACGGUCACCUGCGUGCCCCUGGUGUGCCCGCCCACGCCCUGCAGCCGAGCCGUCACCAAGCCAGGCCAGUGCUGCCCUGAGUGCACAGCUUGCAUGUUGGAUGGACAAGAGUACAAUGACGGGGAGGUGUGGACCCUGGGUUCAAACCACUGCUCCACAUGCACCUGUCAGGCUGGCGAGGUGCAGUGCACGUCCCCCCAGUGUCCCGAGCUGACCUGCGUGAAUCACGUGACCGAUCCAGGAGCGUGCUGCCCUCGAUGUCGAGGCUGCAUGUUCGACAGAGAGGAGCGUAGAGAAGGCAGCAGCUGGUUCGCCGACUCGUCUCACUGCAGGAGCUGCAUGUGCGUGGACGGCGUAACCACCUGCUCCCAAAUACGCUGCCUGUCUCCGUGCACCAACUUCAUCUACGUGCCCGGGGAGUGCUGUCCUGUGUGUGCAGACUGUGUGUUUGAGGGCAGAGUGUACGGUCCCGGAGACAGCUUCCAUCCUGCUGGAGACCCCUGCCAGGUCUGCACAUGUGAGGUGAUGCCAGAUGGAGAACAGCACCUGCGGUGUUAUCGUAAACAAUGUCCCAGUCUGGUGGACUGUCCCAAGAACAACAUAUUUUUCUCUGGACCAGACUCCUGCUGUCCUGUCUGCGCACAGCCUCUCAGUAACUGCACCGCCAUGCUGAUAGGCAACGAGGUGCUGGCCACAGAUGACCCUUGUUUCACCUGCCAGUGCAAGGAUCUAACAUGGACGUGCCUUCAUCGAGCCUGCCACCCGCUGACUUGCCCCCCCAGUGAACAGUUCACCCCUCCAGACUCGUGCUGUCCUGUGUGUAAAGACUGCGUGAUCGAGGGUCAGAACAGACGCGUGGCGAGCGGCAGCAGAUGGACGGACAGCGACGACGACUGCGUCACAUGCACCUGCAACCUGGGCUACAUUGAGUGCAGCAUUGAGGAGUGUCCAUCUACACCGUGUCUCAACAAGCAGAAGGCGGUGAAGGUGGCAGGGAAAUGCUGCCAUGAAUGUGAAGAUUCCGGGGUGUCGUGUUUGCAUCAGGGCACGUUGUACCAGUCGGAUAAACAGUGGCAGGUGGACGAGUGCACCGGCUGUACCUGUGUGUCGGGAGACGUGCACUGUCGCAGUGAACGCUGCCCCCCACUCACCUGUGCUACAGAUGAGAUGCCAGCUGUUGUUCCGGGUUUGUGUUGUCCACACUGCAUCCCUCGCCCGGCCACCUGCAUCGCGUUUGGCGACCCUCAUUACCGCACCUUCGACGGCCGCAUGCUGCACUUUCAGGGGGCGUGCACCUACGUCCUGGCUCAGGACUGUGAAGGCGGAGACUUCAGCAUCCACGUGACUAACGAGGACCGUGGCCGCAAAGGUGUGUCGUGGACUAAAGAGGUGACCGUCUUAAUCGGUGAUGUCACAGUGCAGCUUCUCCAGGAUUGGCUGGUCAAGGUCAACGAUGAGGCGGUGGCGUUACCGUUCCUCAAAGAACCGUACAUCUACGUCGAACGCAAAACCAACACCAUCCUGCUCAACACCGACAUCGGCCUUAAGGUGCUGUGGAGCGGUCGUUCCCACCUGGAAGUGAGCGUGCCCGGCUCCUACAAAGGUCACACGUGUGGCCUCUGUGGGAACUUUAACAACUACCACCAGGAUGACCUCCGCAUGCCCAGUGGACAGAUGAGCCUGUCAGAAGCAGACUUUGGAAACAGCUGGAGGGUCACCAACGGAAGUCACUCACUGUCAUCGUGUCGCCCCGGGGAGGACGUCGACCCCUGCAAGGAGGCGGGCUACCACGCCAGGAAAGGUGCCAACGCCCGCUGUAAGGUCCUCAAGUCGGCCACCUUCCAGCCUUGUCACCGCGUGGUGGCUCCCGAGGCGUGGUACGCCGCCUGCGUGUACGACCUCUGCGCCUGCGGGGCCAACAGCGACGAGUGCCUGUGCGACACGCUGGAGGCCUACGCCGGCCAGUGUCGGGAGGCCGGCGUGGUCCUACGCUGGAGGAGCCCGUCGCUGUGUGCUGUGGGCUGUCCUGCGGAGAGGGGCUUCGUGUUUGACGAGUGCGGCCCCCCUUGUCCCGUGACGUGCUUCAACGCCGCCGUGCCACUAGGGGUGAUAGAGAACCACUGUUUCAAGCCCUGUGUACCCGGCUGCCAAUGCCCGGCCGGGCUGGUGCUGCACAACAACUACUGCAUUCAUUCUAGCAAGUGUCCCAAAAUCAUCCACGGCAACAUCUCUUGAUGGUGAUCUAAAUGCACACUGCCGCCAUCUUUAAUGCACACUCUGUUUGAAAUGAAAUACGCUCUCGCUUCACAUAGCUUGCAUACCCUCUGACAUACUUGCCAACCUUGACACCUUAGAAUUAGGGAGGUAUUCAAAAGGCCUGCUGGGGGGGAGGAA